AGGGAGGGGAGGGAUGAUGGAGUUAAGAUGGCAGCCCUGCUGAGGGUGCUGCCUCUCCGGGGUCAAGAAAUUAUCAAGGAGCGAAUGAGGCACGACGCGGAGGUUUUGGGAAAUUACCGAUGCCCCUUCUGAUCGUCCGCCACACGUUGUCCUGCUAUGGCUUGAGUCGAGACGUUUUUUCCCGGAGACGCGCACCGUGUUGACGCCGCCGUGGCCGCCGGAUGUGAAGAAGACCAUAGGUUGUAGCUGCACCAUCAGACAGGCUACAAUUUGCGCUGGUAUUUACCGGCCCUCGGAUGGUAAUUGUGGUAUUUCUGCUGCUCGGAGCGGACAGACGAUGUGACCCGCGGCGGAUUUAAUGACAAGUGGAUUGCGUCUGAUGGCCAGAUAUCACCUGGCUGUGUUAUCUUUUGUGUGAUAUAUGCAUUGUUCUGCAAAACGAUGAUGUGUGCUGCUGCGGCAGCGGCCGCCGCCGGUGGAGGGAUCCUGCCCUCCUUGUCGCCGUCGAUGGGGCUGGGUGUCAGGGUCAUUUCUGGAGCCGGAGCCGAUCUGUCCAGCCUCGGUUCGGGGAUGGGUCCCUGCCCGACACCCGGAGCCCAGUCGGAUUGUCGGACUCGGUACCAGCUUUUACUCUCAGGACGAGCUCUGGCGGAAAGAUACCGACGGAUUUAUACCACCGCCAUCAGCGAUAAAGAGCAAGGGAUAAAUCAAGGAAGGGGGAAGAAGGCUUUGAGCAAGAAGAAACUGAGACGGCGACAAAAGGUUAAAUCAAAAGUCAAAUCAAGAACAAAGGCUGAGAGUCUCGAUGGAGCCCUCUGCAUACCGGACAUCAAGCUGCACAGCAACCCCUCCGCGUUCAACGUCUACUGCAACGUGCGGCACUGUGUGCUGGACUGGCAGCAGAGGGAGGCCUCCCUGGCACUGGCCUCCAGGAGCUCGGUGCAGAGCGGUGACUCAGACAGCGAGGAGGAGGAAGAGUACCGCGAGCCCGCCGUCAAGCUGCCAAAGAUCAUCGGCAUCGGCCUGUGUGGGGUUUUUGAGCUGAUUAAAGAGACUCGGUUCUCUCACCCCUUACUGUGCCUGCGGAGCCUCCAGGCCUUGUUGGACAUGCUUCAGGGACAACAGCCCGAAGGUUUCCAGACCGAGCCUCCUGACGUGCUAGAGUCUCUGUUCCAGCUGUUGCUGGAGACGACGGUCCGGAGCACGGGGCCCAACGACCCGACCGGGCAGGCCAUCACCGCCCUGUCCUGCGCCUGCCUCUUCAGCUUGGUGGUGGCCUGGGGAGACACGGGCAAAAUCCUGCAGGCCGUCUCUGCCAUCCUCACCAAUAACGGUAGCCAUGCCUGCCAGACAAUACAGGUUCCCACCAUACUGAACGCACUACAGAGGAGCGUACAAGCUGUACUGGUGGGAAAGAUCCAGAUCCAGGACUGGUUUGGAAAUGGCAUCAAACGCGCGGCGCUGAUGAACAAGUGGGUCCUGAAGGAGGUGGUGAUCGACGACGACGAGCGCUGUCUGCUGCAGACCGACGGCUCCUUUCUCUAUUUGCUCUGCAAAGAUGGACUUUACAAAGUGGGAUCUGGCUACAGUGGGACAGUCAGGGGUCACGUCUACAACUCAACGUCUCGAAUCAGGAAUCGAAAGGAGAAACGAUCAUGGCUUGGCUUUGCACAGGGGUACUUGCUGUACCGGGACACCAGUAACCACAGUAUGGCGGCCAUCAAGAUCAACCCAGAGACUCUUGAGCGUGAGGGAACUGUUACCAUGCCAGGUCAACAUUCAGAUGGACAGAACAUCAUCUUCACAGAUGGAGAAUAUAUCAACCAGAUCGCCGCCUGCAAAGACGAUGGGUUUGUGGUGCGGAUCUAUACGAUGAGUUCAGACCCGGCCCUGCAGCAGGAACUGCAGCUGAAGCUGGCAAGGAAAUGUCUGCACGCCUGCGGCAUCUCUCUGUUUGACCUCGAGAAGGAUCUGCACAUCAUCAGCACGGGCUUUGAUGAAGAGGCAGCGCUGCUCGGCGCAGGCAGGGAGUUCGCUCUAAUGAAAACUGCCUCAGGAAAGAUCUACUACACAGGAAAAUACCAAAGUCUGGGUAUAAAGCAGGGGGGCCCGUCAGCAGGAAAAUGGGUGGAAUUGCCCGUCACGAAAUCUCCCAAGAUCGUUCAGUUCUCGGUGGGUCACGAUGGCUCCCAUGCUCUGCUGGUGGCCGAAGACGGCAGUGUGUUCUUCACAGGCUCUGCCAGCAAAGGAGAAGACGGAGAGUCCACUAAAAGCCGCAGACAGCCGAAGCCGUACAAGCCCAAGAAGAUGAUCAAAUUAGAGACAAAGACAGCCGUGUACACAGCGUGCAACAAUGGUAGCAGCAGCAUCGUCACCAAGGACGGAGAGCUCUACAUGUUUGGAAAAGAUGCCAUUUACAGUGACAGCACUUGCCAGGUGACAGACCUCAAAGGUCAUUUUGUGACCAACGUUGCCAUGGGUAAGGCUCACACGUGUGUCCUGACAAAGAACGGUGAAGUCUGGACAUUUGGGGUGAACAACAAGGGCCAGUGUGGCAGAGACACUGGAGCCAUGAGCCAGGCAGGGAAAGCGUUCGGCGUGGAGAGCAUGGCCACAGCCAUGGACGAGGACCUGGAGGAUGAGCUGGAGGAGAAAGAGGAGAAGAGCAUGAUGUGUCAGCCGGGCAUGCACAAGUGGAAGCUGGACCAGUGCAUGGUGUGCACGGUGUGCGGAGACUGCACCGGGUAUGGGGCCAGCUGCGUCAGCAGCGGACGGCCUGACCGAGUACCAGGAGGCAUCUGCGGCUGUGGGUCCGGGGAGUCUGGGUGCUCAGCAUGCGGCUGCUGCAAAGCCUGUGCCAGGGAGCUUGAUGGUCAGGAGGCCCGGCAGCGAGGCAUCUUCGAUGCUGUGAAGGAGAUGAUUCCAUUGGAUCUCCUGUUAGCUGUGCCUGUCCCUCCUCCCCCUCCAGGAGUGAACAUCGAGGAGCACAUUCAGAUCCGUCAGGAGGAGAAGCGGCAGAGGAUCAACCGCCGGCAUAGGUUGGAGGAGGGAAGAGGCCCCCUUGUUUUUCCUGGUCCCAUUUUUAUGAACCAGCGUGAGCAGGCCCUAGCCAGAAUAAGACCCCUUCAGGCACUCAGGCAUAAACGGGACAAGCACAAAGAUGGCAGCAGUGAGCGCGGAGAGAAGGACGCCAGCAAAAUUACCACCUACCCCCCAGGGGCAGUGAGGUUUGACUGUGAGCUGCGCGCUGUGCAGGUCAGCUGCGGCUUCCACCACUCAGUGGUGCUGAUGGAGAACGGAGACGUCUUCACUUUCGGUUAUGGCCAACACGGGCAGCUCGGACAUGGAGACGUGAACUCGAGGGGCUCGCCAACUCUGGUCCAAGCCCUCCCAGGUCCGAGCGUCCAGGUGACAGCGGGCAGUAACCACACAGCCGUUCUCCUGGUGGACGGGCAGGUCUUCACGUUCGGAAGCUUCUCGAAAGGACAGCUUGGACGCCCCAUUCUGGACAUGCCCUACUGGAAUGCCAAGCCAUCGCCCAUGCCCAACAUCGGUGCCAAAUAUGGACGGAAGGCCACCUGGAUCGGUGCCAGCGGCGACCAGACGUUCCUGCGGAUCGACGAGGCUCUCAUCAACUCCCAUGUCUUAGCUACUUCUGAGAUCUUUGCCAGCAAACACAUUAUUGGCCUUGUGCCCUCCUCUGUGUCCGAGCCGCCUCCAUUUAAAUGUUUGCUCAUCAACAAAAUGGACGGAAGCUGCAGAACCUUCAACGACUCGGAACAAGAGGACCUUCAGGGGUUUGGCCUGUGUCUGGACCCUGUGUAUGACGUGAUCUGGAGGUUCUUGCCGGGCCCCAGAGAGAUGUGGUGCUAUAAUGCGGUGAUCGCUGAUGCCAGGGUUCCCUCUGCAACGGAUCUACAGUCUCGCUGCAGCAUCCUCAGUCCGGAGCUCGCUUUGCCAUCAGGAUCGCAUGCAACCACCACUCGGUCUCACGGAGCCCUGCACAUCCUGGGUUGUCUGGAUACGUUGGCGGCCAUGCAGGAGCUGAAAAUGGGUGUGGCCAGCGCCGAGGAGGAGACGCAGGCAGUGAUGAAGGUCUACUCCAAGGAGGACUACAGCGUGGUGAACCGCUUCGAGAGUCACGGCGGUGGCUGGGGUUACUCAGCCCACUCUGUGGAGGCCAUUCGCUUCUGCGCUGACGCAGACAUCCUGCUGGGUGGACUGGGACUGUUUGGGGGACGAGGGGAGUAUACUGCCAAGAUCAAGCUCUUUGAGCUGGGGCCUGACGGUGGGGACCAUGAGACAGACGGGGACCUGCUGGCUGAGACCGACGUCCUGGCUUAUGACUGUGCUGCCAGGGAGAAGUAUGCCAUGAUGUUCGACGAGCCGGUGCUGCUGCAGCUGGGCUGGUGGUAUGUGGCGUGGGCCCGAGUCUCCGGUCCCAGCAGUGACUGUGGCUCUCAUGGACAGGCGACCAUCACUACUGAUGAUGGUGUGGUAUUUCAGUUCAAGAGCUCCAAGAAGUCAAACAACGGUACAGACGUCAACGCAGGGCAGAUACCUCAGCUUCUUUACAGGCUUCCAUCCAACGAUGGCAACGCUUCUAAAGGCAAACAGCAGACCAGUGAACCCGUCCACAUCCUCAAACGCUCGUUCGCUCGUACAGUCUCAGUGGAGUGCUUUGAGUCUCUACUCAGUAUCCUUCACUGGAGCUGGACCACCUUGGUUUUGGGGGUGGAGGAGCUGCGAGGGCUGAAGGGUUUCCAGUACACAGCCACCCUGCUGGACCUGGAACGGCUUCGCUUCGUCGGCACGUGCUGCCUCCGUCUACUCAGGGUCUACAUCUGCGAGAUCUUCCCCAUCGCUGCCAGCACCAAAGCUGUGGUGGAGGAGUCGAGCAAGCUGGCGGAGUGCGUGGGAAAGACUCGCAGUCUGCUGAAAAAGAUCCUGUCAGAAGGCAUGGACAACUGCCUGACCAAGCUGGACAACGACCCCCAGGGCUACUUGUCCCAGCCUCUUACCCUGCUGGAGGCUGUGCUGCAGGAGUGCCACAACACCUUCACGGCCUGCUUCCACUCCUUCUACCCAACGCCGGCGCUGCAGUGGGCCUGCCUCUGUGAUCUGCUCAACUGCCUGGACCAGGACAUUGCUGAGGCCAAUUUCCGUACGUCCAGCAGCCGCCUGUUGGCCGCAGUGAUGUCGGCUCUGUGUAACACCUCAGUCAAGCUGACGUCCAUCUUGCCCAUCGCGUACGACGGGGAGGUGCUGCUGCGGUCGCUGGUCAAACAAGUCAGCACUGAGAACGACUCUGCCCUCGCUCACCGCUUCCCCCUGCUGGUGGCCCAUAUGGAGAAGCUGAGCCAUACGGAGGAAAACCUGAUGGGGAUGACCAGCUUUCGAGAGGUUCUGGAGAAGAUGUUGGUGAUCGUGGUGCUGCCAGUGAGGAAGAGUCUGAGGAAGGAGGUGGAGCUGUUCUCACCACACCUGGUCUCCAACACCUGCGGCCUGCUGGCCUCCAUCGUCUCCGAGCUCACCGCCUCGGCUCUGGGCUCUGAGGUCGACGGGCUGAACUCGCUUCAUUCUGUGAAAGCGUCUCCCAACCGCUUCACCAAAACGAGCCAGGGCCGGAGCUGGAACACGGGCAACGGCUCUCCGGACGCCAUCUGUCUGACGGUGGACAAGCCCGGCGUGGUGCUGGUGGGGGUCUGCGUCUACGGCGGAGGGGGCAUCCACGAGUACGAGCUGGAGGUGCUGGCCGACGACGCGCAGACGGAGCACCCGGGGGACUCGGCACACUCACACAGAUGGACGUCUCUGGAGCUGGUGAAGGGCACCUACAGCACCGACGACUCUCCCAGCGAUAUUGCAGAGAUCCGCCUGGACAAGGCCGUGCCACUGAAGGAAGGGGUGAAGUACGCAGUCAGGUUACGAAACUACGGCAGCCGCACUGCUAACGGGGACGGAGGGAUGACCACGGUGCAGUGCUCGGACAGCGUCGCCUUCACCUUCAGCACCUGCAGCCUGAGUAGCAACGGGACGAACCAGACCAGAGGCCAGAUCCCUCAGAUCCUCUACUACAGGAGCGAGUAUGACGGAGAUCUUCAGUCUCAGCUGCUCAGCAAAGCCAACGAGGAGGACAAGAACUGCAGCAGAGCGCUGUCUGUGGUGAGCGCCGUGGUCAGAGCUGCAAAAGACCUCCUCCACAGGGCGUUUGCUGUUGAUGUGGAUGACAUUCCCGAGCUGUUAAGUUCCUCCAGCCUGUUCUCGAUGCUGCUGCCCCUCAUCCUGGCUUACAUCGGUCCUGUGGCCGCGUCUGUACCCAAGGCUGCUGUUGAGGUGUUUGGACUCGUUCAAGAGUUGCUACCUGCCGUCUCAGCCCUCAACCAAAAAUACGCCCCGCCCACCUUCAACCCCAACCAGUCGACCGACAGCACGACCGGAAACCAGCCGGAGCAGGGCCUGUCGGCCUGCACCACCUCCAACCACUACUCAGUGAUUGAGAGCGAUCAUCCUUACAAACAAGCUGGAGUCACGCAGUACAGGGUGUCGUUCCCGGACUGCGUUCGCUGGACCACCAUUGAGUUCGAUCCUCAGUGCGGCACCGCACAGCCGGAGGACGUCCUGCGUCUGCUCAUCCCCAGCCGAACGCUGCACCUGUCCAACCUGGGAGGCAAGCCCCUGAUCCACGACACCAUCAACACCUGGAUCGAGCUCAAGAAGUUCUCGGGCUCCACAGGCUGGCCGACCACGGUCCUCGUUCUGCCCGGAAAUGAGGUGUUGUUUUCGCUGGAAACUGCUUCGGAUUAUGUCAAAGACGAGAAAGCUUGCUUCUACGGCUUCAAGUGUGUGGCAGUGGGAUACGAGUUCAACCCUGGUCUGGAUGAGGGUAUUAUCCAGUUAGAGAAAGAACUGGCCUACCUGGGGAGUGUGUGUGCUGCAGCUUUGAUGAAGAAAGACCUGGCCCUUCCCAUAGGGAAUGAAUUGGAGGAGGACCUUGAGAUCCUCGAGGAAGCCUCUCUUCAGGUAUGCAAGUCCCACUCAGGGAUAUUAGGGAAGGGCCUGGCCUUGUCUCACUCUCCGACCAUCCUGGAGGCCCUGGAGGGGAACCUGCCUCUGCACCUCCAGACCAACGAGCACUCGUUCCUCGAGGACUUCAUCACCUGCGUGCAGAACUCCAGCGGAGGGCGUCUGGCCAGAUGGCUCCAGCCAGACUCCUACGCAGAUCCUCAGAAGACGUCUCUGAUCCUGAACAAAGACGAUAUUCGCUGUGGGUGGCCAGCGACGGUGGUGGUGCAGACCAAAGACCAGUAUGGAGACGUGGUGCACGUUCCGAACAUGAAGGUGGAGGUGAAGGCCGUGCCCGUCUCUCAGAAGAAGUCGAUGCAGCCGGAGAACGUGAAGAAGCUGCAGCGCCUCCCUGGAAGCUCCUCGCCUUCUUCUGCUGGCCCUGACCUGACCUUUGGGGGUCUGCCCAUGCCCAAGCUGGAGGCCACAUACGAACCCAUGAUUGUGAAAGAGGCUCGAUACAUCGCUAUCACCAUGAUGAAGGCCUAUGAAAACUACUCAUUCGAGGAGCUGCGCUUUGCUUCCCCCACCCCGAAGAGACCCAGUGAGAACAUGCUGAUCCGCGCAAACACCGAUGGGACGUACAGCGCUAACUGGACCCCCGGAGCCGUUGGUCUCUACACAAUCCACGUCACCAUCGACGGCAUUGAAAUCGAUGCUGGUCUGGAAGUUGAAGUCAAAGACCCCCCUAAAGGCAUGAUACCUCCUGGAACUCAGAUGGUCAAACCAAAAGCUGAACCUCAGCCUAGCAAGGUCCGCAAAUUUGUGUCCAAGGACAGCGCAGGCCUGCGUGUGCGUAGUCACCCCUCCCUGCAGAGUGAACAAAUAGGCAUAGUGCAUGUCAAUGGCACCAUCACUUUCAUUGACGAGAUCCACAAUGAUGAUGGUGUGUGGCUCAGGCUCAAUGAUGAAACAGUAAAGAAGUAUGUUCCCAGCAUGAAUGGGUACACUGAAGCCUGGUGCCUGUCUUUUAACCAGCACCUGGGCAGGAGCCUGCUGGUCCCGGCUGACAAUGUCUUUAAUGCUAGCCAUGGAGUCAGGGAUAUCGGCUUUUUGUCGUGGACCCCCUUAACUAUAUUCCCGCCACAGGAGGUCAGGGGCCAGUCGGAGGAGAACGUAAAGGAGGUGAGCAGCUGCCCUUCCCACGAAGCCCCCAUUCGGGUGCAGAGCAGGGCAGGGCAGGGCGGCGGCCCGGGGCUUUAUAAGGUAGUGAAGACCGGCCCCUCUGGUCACAACAUCAGAAGCUGUCCAAACCUUAGGGGUAUCCCCAUUGGAAUGUUAGUACUUGGCAACAAGGUCAAGGCCAUAGGCGAGGUGGCAAACUCAGAAGGCACCUGGGUGCAGCUGGAUAAAAACAGCGUGGUGGAGUUUUGUGAGAGUGAUGAAGGAGAGGCCUGGUCGCUGGCCAGAGACCGCGGUGGGAAUCAGUACCUCCGUCACGAAGACGAACAAGCGUUGCUUGACCACGGGAACCAGACGCCGCCGCCCAGCCCGUUCUCUGUACAGGCCUUCAAUAAAGCCGCGACGUCUAACGGCGCGCAGGGCUUUGACUACGGCAUCUCCAACAACAAAGGUGACCGGCUGAGUGCCAUACUGAAUUCCAUUCAGUCUGGGCCCUUCCUCUCAGCAGCUCCCUCCUCCUCCUCCUCCGUAUUUGAGCAAGCUGCCCAACCUCCCUCCUCCUCCCUUGUCCACAGCCCAUUUGUGUUUGGACAAUCCCCCUCCCAACUGUCUCAGGCACAACCACAGCUUCUGAGUGAGCGGGGAAACGUGAUGUCUGGCGCGCGGUCCAUGUCUCCGGGCUCCAAACACCGCCAGGAGAACCGCGCAGCCAAGCAGGAGAGCUGGGGAAGUCGCUCCUCCGAGCAGGGCAGGAUCAAGACCAACGAGGGAGGGCUGUCGGCCAGCGAAGCGCUCAACCUGCGGUCGGACACGGCCAAGCUGCGGUCCGACUCCCACAGCCGCUCCCACUCGCCCAAUCACAACACUCUGCAGGCGCUGAAGGCCGACGGCAGGACCUCAGGAAACCGGGCCGAGUCUCCAAACCCCGGCUCUCGCUCCUCCUCUCCCAAACAGAAGGUCGUGUCCUCUUCAGGCAGGUCUAGUCCCUCCAGCACCUCCUCGCAGCACUCGUCCUCAACGCAUCAUGACAAGAACCUCCCGCCCAAAGUCAGCCCUUCCUCCAAAGCCAGGCUGGAUCCUCCCAGGGAGAGAUCCAAGUCGGACUCGUACACUCUGGACCCAGACACACUCAGAAAGAAGAAGGUUCCCCUCACAGAGCCGCUUCGGGGCAGAUCAACCUCCCCGAAACCGAAACUCUCCCCAAAGGAGCCAAAUAAAGGUGUGAUCAGCAACGCGGAGAACCGCGUUCCCUCUCCUCACGUCACCCAGGAGAACCUCCACAGCGAAGUGGUGGAGGUCUGCACCUCCAGCGCUCUCCUGUCCAACGAGGACGUCAACGACGAGAACGUGGAGGUCCGCAACGCCGAGGAGGGCUCCUGCAAGGUGCACUUCAGCAUCGGCAAAGCCCCCGUCAAGGAGGAGCUGGAGAGUCGCUCUUCGCCCAAAGUCAGCCGCAAAACCUCCAGCAGACACACGCGGCCCAAGAAGGACAAAUCCGGCCCUCUGUUCAAAGGGGAGAGCGCCUCCAAGGUCACCGAGCCCGCCAAGCAGGCCAUGUCUCCCUCCGUGGCCGAGUGCGCCCGGGCGGUCUUCGCGGCCUUCCUGUGGCACGAGGGCAUCGUUCACGACGCCAUGGCCUGCUCCUCCUUCCUCAAGUUCAAUCCAGACCUCACCAAAGAGCACGCCCCCAUCCGCAGCUCGCUGGGAGGCCAGGGCGCCGAGGAGAAGGAGAGCAAGCUGAAGAACCGACACUCCUUGGAGAUUUCCUCCGCGCUCAACAUGUUCAACAUUGCCCCGCACGGCCCGGACAUCUCCAAAAUGGGCAGCAUCAACAAAAACAAGGUUCUGUCCAUGCUGAAGGAGCCGCCGCUGCCCGAGAAGUGCGAGGACGGAAAGGGAGACUCCAUUUCCUACGAGAUGACUUCUCAUCCCUCCAUGAGGGCGAAGUCCAUCUUACCGCUGACGCUGCAGCACCUGGUGGCGUUCUGGGAGGACAUUUCAAUGGCCACCAUCAAGGCUGCGACGCAGAACAUGAUCUUCCCCAGCCCGGGCUCCAGCGCCAUCCUGAAGAAGAAGGAGCACGAGAAAGACAGCAAGAAGGCCAAGAAGGAAAAGAAGAAGAGGGAGAAGGCGGAGGUGCGUCCCAGAGGGAACCUGUUCGGAGAGAUGGCUCAGCUUGCCAUGGGCGGCCCGGAGAAGGACACCAUCUGUGAGCUGUGCGGCGAGUCCCACCCUUACCCCGUCACCUACCACAUGAGACAGGCUCAUCCAGGCUGCGGCCGCUACGCGGGAGGCCAAGGCUACAACAGCAUCGGGCACUUCUGUGGCGGCUGGGCUGGAAACUGUGGCGACGGAGGCAUCGGAGGAAGCACCUGGUACCUGGUGUGCGAUCGAUGUCGGGAGAAAUACCUCAGGGAGAAGCAGACGGCUGCCAGGGAGAAGGUGAAGCAGUCAAGGAAGAAGCCUCUGCAGGUGAAGACCCCCAGGGCGCUGCCCACCAUGGAGGCCCACCAGGUGAUCCGGGCCAACGCUCUGUUCCUGCUGUCCCUGAGCAGCGCGGCGGAGCCCAGCAUGCUGUGCCACCACCCUCCCAGACCGCUCCACUCCCAGCUGCUCCCCAGCCUGAAGGAGGGCGUGUCGGAGGAGCUGCCCAAUAAGAUGGGCUGCCUCUACCUGCAGACAUUAGCAAGGCAACACACCGAGAACUUCGGGGGCUACCAGGACGACAACCUCUUCCAAGAUGAGAUGAGGUAUUUGCGCUCGACAUCUGUUCCUGCGCCCUACAUUUCAGUCACACCCGAUGCCUGCCCCAAUGUUUUUGAGGAGCCAGAGAGCAACAUGAAAUCAAUGCCCCCAAGUCUUGAGACCAGCCCGAUCACGGACAGCGACACGGCCAAGCGUACGGUGUUUCAGAGGUCUUACUCCGUCGUGGCCUCGGAGUACGACAAGCAGCAUUCCCCGUCUCCAGCCCGGGUCAAAGCGGUGCCCAGACGACGGGUUCACAGUGGCGACGCAGAAGUGGGCUCGUCCCUGCUGCGCCACCCGUCCCCAGAGCUGUCCCGCCUCAUCUCGGCCCACGGCUCCCUCAGCAAAGGGGAGAGGAACUUCCAGUGGCCCGUCCUGGCGUUUGUCAUCCAGCACCACGACCUGGAGGGCCUGGAGGUCGCCAUGAAGCACGCUCUGAGGAAGUCGGCCUGCAGGGUGUUUGCCAUGGAGGCCUUCAACUGGCUUCUCUGCAACGUGAUCCAGACCACCUCCCUCCACGACAUCCUGUGGCACUUCGUAGCAUCCCUCACGCCGUCGCCGUUUGAGCCCGAGGACGAGGAGGACGACGAGAACAAGGGGAACAAAGAAAAUGUAGAGCAGGAGAGAGACCUCGGGGUCUGUGAACACCCCCUGUCGGACAUCGUGAUCGCCGGAGAGGCGGCUCAUCCUCUUCCUCACACCUUCCACCGCCUCCUCCAGACCAUCUCAGACCUCAUGAUGUCCCUUCCCAGCGGCAGCUCACUGCAGCAGAUGGCGCUCAGGUGCUGGAGUCUCAAGUUCAAGCAGUCUGACCACCAGUUUCUACACCAAAGCAAUGUUUUCCAUCACAUCAACAAUAUUUUAUCCAAGUCGGACGAUGGAGACAGCGAGGAGAGCUUCAACAUCAGCGUGCAGUCCGGUUACGAAGCCAUGAGCCAGGACCUCUGCCUGGUCACGUGUUUGAAGGACCUGACCAGCGUGGUGGACAUCAAGACGUCCAGCCGCCCCGCCAUGAUCGGCAGCCUCACCGACGGCUCCACAGAGACCUUCUGGGAAUCCGGAGACGAGGACAAGAACAAGACCAAGAGCAUCACCAUCAGCUGCGUGAAGGGCAUCAACGCCACCAAGGCCUCGGUUCACGUGGACAACUCCAGAGACAUCGGGAACAAAGUGACGUCUGUAACGUUCCUUUGUGGAAAAGCAAUAGAGGACCUCUGCAGAAUCAAACAGGUCGACCUGGACUCGCGUCACAUGGGCUGGGUGACGAGCGAGCUCCCGGGAGGAGAUCAUCACGUGAUCAAGGUGGAGCUGAAGGGGCCUGAGAACACCCUGAGAGUGCGACAGGUGAAGGUCCUCGGGUGGAAGGACGGCGAAAGCAUCAAGAUACCCGGUCAGAUCUCCGCCAGCAUGGCCCAGCAGAAGAACUGUGAGGCCGAGACGCUCAGAGUUUUCCGCCUCAUCACGUCUCAGGUUUUCGGAAAGCUGAUUUCUGGAGAUGCGGAGCCGACUCCGGAGCAGGAGGAGAAAAACCUGCUGUCAUCUCCCGAGGGAGAGGACAAGGUGCCGUCGGACGCAGACCUCAAAGAGCACAUGGUGGGAAUCAUUUUCAGCCGCAGCAAACUCACCAACCUGCAGAAACAGGUCUGCGCUCACAUCGUCCAGGCCAUCCGCAUGGAGGCCACGCGCGUGAGGGAGGAGUGGGAGCACGCCAUCUCCAGCAAGGAGAACGCCAACUCGCAGCCGAGCGACGACGACGCCUCCUCGGACGCGUACUGCUUCGAGCUGCUCUCCAUGGUCCUGGCGCUCAGCGGCUCCAACGUGGGCCGCCAGUAUCUGGCCCAGCAGCUGACGCUCAUGCAGGACCUGUUCUCCCUGCUGCACACGGCUUCCCCUCGAGUGCAGAGACAGGUGACGUCCCUGCUGCGGCGCGUCCUGCCCGAGGUGACGCCGGUGCGUCUGGCCAGCAUCAUCGGGGUGAAGGCUCUGCCGCCGGCGGACAUCAGCGACAUCAUUCACUCCACGGAGAAGGGGGACUGGAACAAGCUGGGCAUCCUGGACAUGUUCCUGGGCUGCAUCGCCAAGGCGCUGACCGUGCAGCUGAAGGCCAAAGGCACCACCAUCUCCGGCACGGCCGGCACGGCGGCGGGCAAAGGGGUCACCACCGUCACCCUGCCCAUGAUCUUCAACUCCAGCUACAUCCGCCGAGGGGAGAGCCACUGGUGGAUGAAAGGCUCCACCCCUCCUCAGAUCGCAGAGAUCAUCAUCAAGCUGGUGAAAGACAUGGCGGCCGGUCACCUCUCCGACGCUUGGUCCAGAGUCACCAAGAACGCCAUCGCCGAGACGAUCAUCGCUCUGACCAAGAUGGAGGAGGAGCAUCGCUCUCCCGUACGCUGCAUCGCAACAACACGGCUGUGGCUGGCCUUGGCGUCGCUCUGCGUUCUGGACCAGGACCACGUGGACCGGCUCUCGUCCGGCCGCUGGAUGGGCAAAGACGGACAGCAGAAGCAGAUGCCCAUGUGCGACAACCACGACGACGGCGAGACGGCCGCCAUCAUUUUGUGCAACAUGUGCGGGAACCUCUGCACGGACUGCGACCGCUUCCUCCACCUGCACCGCCGGACACGGUCUCACCAGAGACAGGUGUUCAAGGAGGAAGAGGAAGCCAUCAAGGUGGAUCUGCACGAAGGCUGUGGGAGGACCAAGCUCUUCUGGCUCAUGGCUCUGGCCGACUCCAAGACCAUGAAGGCCAUGGUGGAGUUCAGAGAGCACACAGGCAAACCGGCCUCCAGCAGCUCGGACGCCUGCCGGUUCUGUGGGACCAGGAAUGGGACGGAGCUGUCGGCGGUGGGCAGCGUGUGCUCAGACCCCGACUGCCAGGAGUACGCCAAGCUGGCCUGCAGUAAGACCCACCCCUGCGGACACCCCUGUGGGGGAGUGAAGAACGAGGACGCCUGCCUCCCCUGCCUGCACGGCUGCGAUAAGAACACGGGCUGCCUGAAGCAGGACGCAGACGACAUGUGUAUGAUCUGCUUCACGGAGGCGCUGUCCGCCGCCCCCGCCGUCCAGCUGGACUGCACUCACGUGUUCCACCUGCAGUGCACCCGCCGCGUCCUGGAGAACCGCUGGCUCGGGCCUCGGAUCACGUUCGGCUUCAUGCUGUGUCCGAUCUGCAAGAACAAAAUCAACCACUCGGUCAUCAAGGACCUGCUGGACCCCAUCAAGGAGCUGUACGAGGACGUGAGGAGGAAGGCCCUGAUGAGGCUGGAGUACGAAGGCCUGCACAAGAGCGAGGCCAUCACCACGCCGGGGGCUCGCUUCCACAACGACCCCGCCGGCUUCGCCAUGAACCGAUACGCCUACUACGUCUGCUACAAGUGCAAAAAGGCGUAUUUCGGCGGCGAGGCUCGCUGCGACGCCGAGGCCGGGCAGGGAGACGACUACGACCCCAGCGAGCUGAUCUGCGGAGCGUGCUCGGACGUGUCCCGGGCUCAGAUGUGCUCCAAACACGGCACGGACUUCCUGGAGUAUAAAUGCCGGUACUGCUGCUCGGUGGCCGUCUUCUUCUGCUUCGGCACCACACACUUCUGUAACGCCUGCCACGACGACUUCCAGAGGAUGACCAGCGUCCCCAAAGAGGAGCUGCCCCACUGCCCCGCAGGGCCCAAAGGCAAGCAGCUGGAGGGCACGGAGUGCCCCCUGCAUGUGGUGCACCCGCCGACGGGGGAGGAGUUCGCCCUGGGCUGCGGGGUGUGCAGGAACGCCCACACCUUCUGAACAUCGCCAGACUCCUCCUGGAAACCAGUCUGUCUACUGUGAUCUCCGGCUGCCGCCGCUGACGCUCAGCCGUGAAGCUCAGCCCUGGCGCCGCCGGGCCCCCGCACCCCCCGUCCUCCUCCCUCCUCCCUCCCGGACCCCCGACCGGGUCCGGGUCUCCGCUCCGCACCACGAGCCCCUCAGGUCCGCUCUUCACACCAACAUCAGUGUCCCGGCUCUGCUGCGAGCGCGAGCUGUAGCUCCUCUGAUGCUAACCUGUACGAAAAAAAAAGACAAGAAAAAAGAACAAUAGACUUUAAAAAAAACAAACAAAGAAGAAGAAGAAGAAAAAAAAAAAAACCUUGUGACGUGUUUGCAUGCGGCCGUUGUAUUCCCUCGGCUUCUAUAGACGUUGCACAUCUCCCGAUCACUGAAGUGUAACAAUACCAGAUUAAAAAUGAAAUUUGCUUUAAGGCGAGGGUGGAUCAGGGCGGGUAGGAGAGAGGAAAGAAAAAAAACAAAAACAAAAACAAGGAACGGGCCGUAUUUCCAGCUUCCUCACUAUAAAUUUAAAAUAUUGUUGUAUGUAAACUUUCUUUUCGUAAUCUUGUACAGUAUUCUCCACUGUCAAGUGCAUCAUGGGUUGACGGACAAAAAAAAAGCAUAAAGAGUAAAAACAGACGAGCUGGUGGAUAAGACUGUUAAGAAAAUUAUGUUUGGGAGGAAAAUAGUGUACGAUUUAUCUAAUCUUGUAUAUAAUGAUACUAUUCAAAAUAGCUGUAUUCCGAAGUUGCUACUCUUCACUUCAGUUAUUAUUUGAUAUUCUGGGUUAUGUUUUGAGCCAGAACUUUUAAUGAAGUGCAAUACUGGGUGUGCCUCCUAUUUUGCAGCUGUUUAACCUUAUGGAAUGUAUGUCAAUAAAGCCACUGUACAUUUUUAUACAGUAGACAGUCGCCCCUCUUCUAAAUGUCCGAUCUCUUCUGCCGUCUGGGGACGAGAUGGCGAAGACUGGCGCCUGCAGAGAACGGCGGCGGAUGUUCAAAUGAGGCGAGAAGAAGGAGGAGAAGCACCAAAACAACAAAAAACAACCUUUACAGUGGGACUCUUUACAGCUGAAUGAUUCGAGGGGGCCAGUCUUCACACCAAAUAAAAUUGUGCACCUGUAAUGCUUUUCCCUAGUAGGAGGCCGGGGGGUUAUUUGGGGGGAGUCGGGGAGGAAGGGGAACAGGUUUGGAAGAGGAAGAAGAAAAAAAAAAAAAAGCAGCUGCUGUUAAAUAAAAGAAGCUUAAUACUUGUGAAUCUGCUCUGUAAUAUUUGUGGUGGAUGGAGUUGAAUGGUAAUAAACCAGGUUCUUUGUUUCGCAAAGUA